AUGGCUUGUUCGUGCAUCGGCAUGACACUGGAAGUUGUGCGGAAUGAGAAUCCGAGCGGUAGAGCUUUGUGGCCGGAAAAGAAACUGUCGAUGGACUGCCGCAAAACGUUAAAGAGGCCGUCUGAAUAUCAAUGUCGCCAUAAUGGUACAUGCGUUGUGGACCGACAUGAACGGAAUUCAUGUCGAUAUUGCCGAUUCAAGAAGUGCAUCGAGGUUGGCAUGGAUCCAAAAGGAGUGUCUGUGCAAUAUGUUGAGCAGCAGAUGCCA